CCUGAAUUCCAGGCAGGUGCACCUGUCUGUCAGCAAAGAGCUGGGUGAGGCUUUAGGCAGCUGCCAAGAUAUCCAGAUCCUGAAGGACUUUAGAGAGGAAUCUGUGUGUAAACAGAGAGAAAAUGGCAUAUCGAGACUUAGUGAGAGGCUGGCAUGAAGGAAUUCUGGCUAUGGAUAAGGGUGACUGGGACUCUGCCUUGAAAAUCUUCUCCAGUAUCGAAGAGCCAUCCUCCAGGAUCUAUUUCAACAUAGGCUGUGUGCAUCUCUUAACAGGGAACCUUGAGGGAGCCUUGCAGGCCUUUGAUAAAACAGUUACCAAGGACAACCAUCUAGCUAUUGGCUUCUUUCAAAGAGGGUUUGUCUGUCUGCAGUUAGAAAUGUAUGAAGAAGCUCUGUAUGACUUCAGCAUGGCCCUCACUCACCUGAGAAAUAACCCUUUCAUUGACUACAAACAACUGGGACUAAGGCACGUGCUCUGUGCCUGGGAGGUGCUGUACAAUACUGCAGCAGUGCAGUGCCAACUUGGGCUGUGGCAGGAAGCUAGAAUAACCCUGGAGGAGGCUAUCAGACAGAGGCCUGAAGGAAGAACCACAAGCCUGGAUGUUGCCCUUGACUGGGUGCAGAAUCAUCUCUUCCUGGAGCCCAUACAUGUUUCCCUGGGGGAAUUUUUCAGACCACGAAAGGAGGAAGUUGAGCAGCUGGAUUCAAAAGAUUUCCUUGGUAAACCCAAGGUGAUCUCCUCCGUCAUUCCCAAUGAUGAGUACAUUGGAUUUGAGCCUCUCAGGCCACAGAGACAGGGCUUUUACGAACCCAGUGUCAGUGCCGUGCGAGACCACAGCUCAGGUUACUAUCGAGUCGUGACUCAUUAUUACCCUGAGGACUCUGAAGAGAUGGCAGUGAAGAGCAGCACUAUCAUCUUUGUACUAACUAAAGGGGCAGAUGGCUGGGCUACUGCCAUAUGUGACGGACAGAAACUGCGUAUACCAACCUCUCACCUGGAGCCUGUUUAUGCCCCCAAGGCUGAUAAGUGGAAAGUCAGUAAUGGGAUUCCUCUUCCCCCCAUUAAAGUGCCCCCCAACCGGCCCCACGUGCAAGAAAUGGACCACCAGCAGCAAGGACCUGCUGAAGGAGAAGACGUUGCUGCAAAUGAUGCUGAUCUGCAAGCAGACUUGCAGGUGCAAUGUUCCCCAACGUCACAAACCAUUAAGGCUAUAAAAUCACUGGUGCCAAAGGUCCCACUGGCUCAGGACAAAGCAUCCUCCGGCGAGAACAGAUCCAUCCUGCUGAAAGUCCACUGUGACUAUACAGUUAAAGUGAACAAGGCCCUGACCCUGUCAGACCUCAGGUCUCUGCUGAGGGAGACGUCCAGCCAGCAGGCAGAGCUUGGGAAGCUGAGCUGCAGGCUUUCAGACAGCAAAGAAUUAAUUGUGAUUUCGGGAGAAGAGGAGCUGGGGCAGAUGUGGCAGCAGGUGACAGAUGGGAGGCUGACACUCUGGUGCCAGGGCACAGAUGCCUGUUCAGACAGACCUGUUCUCUACAGGAUGGUAGCACACCAUGGUUACACGGCGCAAAGGCCAGAGGAUCUGGAAUUCAGUGAAGGAGACACACUGGACAUUCUCUCCGAAGUGAAUGAGGACUGGCUUGAAGGCCACUGCAAUGGCAACUUUGGCAUUUUCCCCAAGUGCUUUGCUGCUCAGGCCAGCAUUGGGGCUACCUGCCCUUAGAGAAGAGAUGCUUCUUCCUGCCAGACUCCACAAGAAGCCAGCUGGGCUGGGGACCCCACCUCACCUUACUCAUGUCUCCCAGAGAACAGGAGAAGCUUGCACCAAUUCAUUCAGGUCUGACUAUUGCCAGCCCUGCUAGGUAUUUAAUGAAGAUGCCUACACAAGACGCUUCCCAGUAUGGGACCCCAUUAUCCAGAAACCCGGCAGGAUUAAUUUCUGUAGCAGAAAUAGCAUGUGUCUGGCCUCAGUAUUUCCCAAUAAUAAAAGUGAA